GAAUUUCAGUAAGAUAGACUACGGCGACGACGAGGAAGAAGACGAUAAUGAUGGUGAUGGAGAGGGUUUCGGGACGUUUGUUGUGAAAUCGACGUUGAGUGGGACGGUAGUGAGGAAGAGUGGGGAUACUGGAGGAAGUGGUAGUGGAUCAACUAUGGGGAGAGCGGUGGCGAGCAUGCAGGCAGUUGGGGAUUUAGUGUUUGGGAAACAGAAGAGGAGGAGUGGUUCAUUGUCUUCGCAGGGUGAUGAGUACAAGCACCAUCAGCACACUAAAGUAUCUGCAAGCUUGAUUCCAGAGAGUGUGAUAAGAGAAGAUCCAACGACUAAGUAUGAAUUGCUCAAUGAACUAGAUAGUUAUGGAGUACUGUGGAGGGGAAGUGUUGCUGACUUAAUGAAUGUCACUGAGGAGGCGUUGGAGGAGAAUCAGAUAGCAUACAUAUGUAGAGAAGCUAUAAAGGGCCUUGGUUAUUUGCAUUCAAUUUUCAAAGUGCAUAGAGAUAUCAAAGGCGGGAAUAUUUUACUUACUGAACAGGGAGAGGUCAAGCUGGGUGAUUUUGGGGUUGCUGCACAGCUUACAAGGACCAUGUCAAAGCGCAACACGGUACAGUAA